CCGCGGGCGGCGCAGCCCGCUGGUCACCGGCGGAGAGGUUUGGACUCAGCUUUCCAUUUCCCGCGAAGAUUUCCUCUCUCUGCCCGUGUCACAAAUUCGGGACCAAGAAGAAGAGCUCAGGAUGAAAGUGAGAGGAGAGGAAAUCAGCUAUUUGCUGGUCUCCUUCACUGCAGUGUGCCUGGUGGCCACCCCUGGGAGCAGGGCCUGUCCUCGCCGCUGUGCCUGCUACGUGUCCACAGAAGUGCACUGCACAUUUCGGUACCUGACCUCCAUCCCAGACAGCAUCUCACCUGACGUGGAGCGCAUCAACUUAGGGUACAAUAGCCUGAUUAGACUGACAGAAACAGAUUUUUCUGGCCUGAAUAAACUGGAGUUACUCAUGCUGCACAGUAAUGGCAUUCACACAGUCACCGACAAGACCUUCAAGGAUCUACAGGCUCUGCAGGUCUUAAAAAUGAGCUAUAAUAAAGUCCGAAAACUUCAGAGAGAUACUUUUUAUGGUCUCAGGAGCUUAACUCGAUUGCAUAUGGACCACAAUAACAUUGAGUUUAUAAACCCAGAGGCUUUUUAUGGACUCAACUCUCUCCGCCUGGUACAUUUGGAAGGAAAUCAGCUCACUAAACUCCAUCCAGACACAUUUGUCUCUUUGCGCUACCUCCAGAUAUUUAAAACAUCUUUCAUUAAGUACCUGUACUUGUCAGAUAACUUUCUGACCUCUCUCCCUCAAGAGAUGUCCUCUUAUAUGCCUGAUCUAGAAAGCCUUUAUCUGCAUGGGAACCCAUGGACCUGUGACUGCCAUUUAAAGUGGCUGUCUGACUGGAUACAGGAGAAACCAGAUGUAGUAAAAUGCAAAAAAGAUAGAAGUCCCUCCAGUCCUCAGCAGUGUCCCCUUUGCAUGAACCCCAGGAUCGUCAAAGGCAAGCCCUUUGUUGCAGUUCCAGCUUCAGCUUUCCUGUGUGUGAAGCCAACUAUUGACGCAUCCUUGAAAUCAAAGAGCUUGACUAUUUUGGAAGACAGUGGUUCUGCUUCAGUCUCUCCCCAAGAUUUCAUGGCACCCUUUGGCUCCCUCUCUUUGAGUGUGACGGACCAGAAUGGAAAUGAAGCAAACAUGGCCUGCAGUAUCCAAAGGCCGUCGAGAUCACUUCCCACUGCAUUCACUGAAGAAAAUGACUAUGUCCUUUUAAAUGUGUCAAUUUCAACAUUUCUUGUGUGCAACAUGGAUGACAAUCACAUCCAGCCAGUGUGGCAAGUUCUGGCUUUGUAUAGUGACUCUCCCCUGAUACUAGAAAGGAGCCAUUUGUUCACUGAAACACCUAGGCUGUGUUACAAGUAUAAACAAGUGGCUUCUCAGCCUGAAGACAUUUUUACAAAUGUAGAAGCUGACCUUAGCACAGAUCCUUCCUGGUUAAUGCAAGACCGAAUUUCCUUACAGCUGAACAGAACGGCCACCACCCUCAGUACACUGCAGAUUCGUUACUCAAGUGAUGCUCGGGUCACUUUACCAAGAGCAGAGAUGAGGCCAGUGAAACUCAAAUGGACCAUGAUUUCAAGGCUUAAUAAUACCAAGCUGGAACACACUCUGUUGGUUGGUGAGACCAUUGCCCUGGACUGCCCAGGCCAAGGAGAUCCCACCCCACACUUGGAGUGGCUUCUAGCUGAUGGGAGCAAAGUGAGAGCCCCUCAUGUGAGUGAGGAUGGACGGAUCCUAAUAGACAGAAGUGGAAAAUUGGAACUCCAGAUGGCUGAUAGUUUUGACACAGGAACGUAUCACUGCAUUAGCACCAAUUACGAUGAUGCAGAUAUUCUUACCUAUAGGAUAACUGUGGUAGAGCCGCAUGUAGAAGCUGCUCAAGAAAAUGUGGUUCAUCACACAGUUUUCAUUGGUGAUACACUGGAUCUUCCAUGUCAUUCUACUGGCAUUCCAGAUGCUUCUAUCAGCUGGGUUCUUCCAGGAAAUACUGUGUUCUAUCAGUCCUCAGGAAACAAGCAAAUUCUUAAGAAUGACACAUUAAGAAUAUUCCACAUUACACAAAAAGACCAAGGUCAUUAUUACUGUGUAGCAGCCAACCCAUUAGGGGUUGACGCUUUGAUUUUUCAAGUAUCUGUCAAAACAAAAGAUCAAAGGCCAGAGGAGCAGGAUGUGGACACAGAUGGAUCUGGUUUCAAUGCACCUGAUGCCGGUGCUCAUCUUAAGGAUCUACCAGCUGUGCAGCUCCCUACAGCUACUGCUGUGGGGACUGAGGUUCAAAAAGAGGCUUCACGGAUAAGUAGGAAGGGUAAUUAUCAGGAGUUACUACAGCGGCAGCAUGGAGAUUCAACAAAGCGACGUUUUAGGGAGCAUAGAAGGCAGUUCCUUCCCUCUGCUCGGAGAAUUGAUCCCCAACACUGGGCAGCAUUUCUAGAAAAAGCUAAAAAGAACGCUGUGCUAGAGAAACAGGAAAAUAGCACAGCAAAGCCACCCUCCCCAGUCACUCAGUCUGUGAAAAUAUCUGUUGAGGAAGACUCUUCAGGCAUGCCCUUGCCAGAUGAGGAAUUCAUAGUCCUGGCAACCAGAGGUUCUAGUGUUCCAGAAACAGUGACUGCUGACUCUAGAAUCGUAUCUCACACCCUUGUGCCAAACAUAGUGCCUGGCACCGAAGUCUCCCCACUUAGAAGUCCACAAACAGUGCAACCUACCAUUAAAAUGACAAAUAUAUCAAAGAAUAUAAACCCAACCAUACCAAGCAAAAUGCAAGACACAACCAACCAAAAUCCAACUACCAUCUUCCCAUUACUACCUGGAGUCACUGAGUUUCAUGAUGUUGACCGGGUGGGGAGAAGACAGCAUUUUCUAAGUGUACUCCCAAUAAAGGGGAAGACUAUGACCGAUGACGUCCAUGCUACAAUGCUUGGUAGCACUAACAAAAAAGCAGACAUGCCCUUAGAAUCAGUAAAUACCGUAGAUGUUCAUGAGACAGCUGUAAGAGUCAGCAAGCCCAGGAGAAAUCACUUCUAUUCUCACAUUUCUCAAAAUCCCAGCACCUCUGAAGUUUCUGCAGAUCCACAUACUGCUGUCCAUUCUCAGUUCCAGACACUCAGAAAUAAUACAGCUAUCGUCCCACUGCCCAGACUCUUUGGGAGACGGAGGAGAAUUUUGGGCAGAGGGCGAAUGACCAGCCCGUUUAGAAACCCAGCUCUCCGAUGGCAUAGGUAUGGCAUUGUGAAGCCAACAUCCAGAGAUUCUUCUGAAGAAAGCACUACUGUAUUUUCAGCCCCAGAGCUCCAUGUGCUGUGCCCAUCCUGUCUUCCCAGGCAGAGACUCACCUCCACCACCACCACUGCGCUGGUUUUCCCAAGAUCUUCCCCUACCCCUCUCCCCAGAGCUCACAUCACUAGGGUCACAGCAGAGGAGUCAACAACACUAGUUCAGGAUCCUUCGUUACUGCUUGAAAACAGACCAACUGUAGAUAUUGAAAGAACAACACCCACAAUAAAAAUUUUCAGUUCUGAAAGUGCCCAGGAAACAUCAACUGGUACAGCCCUGACUUACUCUUCAAGAUCUGAAUCUAUGGAAAAAACUCCUAGCGCGAAUAAUGGUUAUCAAAGUAUGUCUAGCACCAGUGAAGCUGAAAGAGACUCAGAGAUUGCAUCACCACUUUCACAUCCCAUCACCAAGCCAUCAGUGCCUACUACUACAGGCAUUACAAGAUUUUCAAGAAGGAAAAUUCCCUGGCAUCAGAUCUCUGUAAAUAAGCACAAUCCAAAAGGAUUAUUAAAGAAUCUGCAUAAAUUUGAUUUACAAAAAAGCAAAGCCACAAUCCUUCCUAAAAUAUCUCCUGCUUUACCCACUAAUAAAAUUAUCCCCUCCCAGUCCACAACACUCCCAGCAAGCCUGACACAAAUUCCACUUGCAACUUCAACUGUAGUUCACGACAACAUUACUGAAACACACAGUCCUAAAAGUAUCCCAGCAGGGAAGGAGCCUCCCUUUCCACCAUUUUACCCUAUGUUUCCUACCAAAAAUUCAAGUAUGAUAAGCUUUGCAUCAGGGCAGACAACACCAGCAAUUCUUCCCACUGCUUCUGCAACUAUAUUUAUCAAUAAAAUCCAAGCAGCAAGACCCAGAGCACAAAAAGGGCAAAGAAUAGAGGAGUUUCAGAGUAGAAAUGAUCCAAACAUCUCUUCUGGCUGGGGUGCUGGCAUCCCUACAUCUGCUGCUAUGCUACCUCCUGUUCUGACUAUAACUGCAACUUCAAUCAAGCCAAAUACCUCUGUUAUCACUCAUUCCCUCCCAGAAGACACAAGUAGAAUUUUGGGCAAAAUUGGUCAACACUCAAGAACUACUAAUCUGGCAAAUGGAACUGAAGAACUACCCCAAGAGAACACUCUGACUUGGAAAAGCACAACUGCUUCUGAAACAACUUUGCCUAGCAAGUCGGAGAAGAAUACCACAACUAGGAAAACCAUAAUUAGUCCCUCAACCAUGCCACCAUUCCUAAGCAGCAGUGCCCCUCUAAUGUCCAUGCCCACUCCCCCUCCCCCUGCUCAAGGUGCAGUUACAGAUACUGUGGGAGCACCUGUUUCCAAGAUGACAAAUGUGAUGGUCAAGUUGCAUGAACCCUCAAGGCAUGAUACUAAUUCACAGCAACCAGUAGCAGCAUUUGCAAUACCACCCAAGGUACACCCAAAAGUUGAGUUCACAACUAGAACCACUCACCUUACCUACUCUGAUCUACUACAUUCUGGUCCUACAUCAGCCCUAAACACAACAGUUCAACCACAGAUUUCUAAAUGGAUGCCCCUUCCUCAGCCAGGAAACCAAUUCUGGCACAAGUCAGACCCAGAGAUUUCUGAAAAGGACAAGAAGCCAGCAGUCAGCGUGUUUCCCACUCUUAGCUUGCCAGAGUCCACUUCUCAUGCCUCACAUUGGGGUAGACAGGAUAAUGCACAGAAGAGUGGACUUCAUAAGAAACAAGUUGAAAAAAUAACUUCCAAAUUCCUCCCCUCGGACAUUUUGUCUAGGAAUACAUUUGAGAAGCCCAGAAUAGUUGGAGGAAAAGCUGCGAGUUUUACCGUUCCAGCUGACUCCGAUGGCUUGCUUCCUUGUGAGGCUACUGGAAAUCCCCUGCCCACCAUCCACUGGACCAGAGUCACAUCAGGAGUUGAAUUGUCUAAAAGGAAGUCGAAUAGCCGAUUCCAUGUGCUCCCUAAUGGCACUCUAUCCAUCCAGAGGGUCAGCAUUCAGGACCGUGGACAGUACCUGUGCUCUGCGUCCAAUCCUUUCGGCACAGACCGCCUCUAUGUCACCCUGUCGGUGGUUUCCUAUCCCCCCAGGAUACUAGAGAGACAUAUCAAGGAGAUCACAGUUCAUUCUGGAAGCACUGUGGAACUGAAGUGCAGAGCAGAAGGUAGGCCUAGCCCUACAAUUUCCUGGAUUCUUGCAAACCAAACAGUGGUCUCAGAAGCAUCUCAGAGAAAGACUCGGGCCCUGGUAACAUCCGACGGCACACUGGUCAUCCACAAUCUAAGUAUUUAUGACCGUGGCUUUUACAAAUGCAUGGCCAGUAACCCAGUUGGCCAGGAUUCGUGGCUGAUUAAAAUACAAGUCAUUGCAGCUCCCCCUGUUAUUCUAGAGCAAAAGAGGCAAGACGUUGUAGGGAUUUGGGGUGAAAGUUUGACACUGCCCUGCACUGCAAAAGGAAGCCCUCAGCCCACUGUUCACUGGGUACUCUCUGACGGCACUGAAGUGAAACCAUUGCAGUUUACUAAUUCCAAGUUGCUCCUGUAUUCAAAUGGGAGUCUGCAUAUAAGAAACAUAGUCUCUGCAGACAGGGGCACUUAUGAGUGCAUUGCUACCAGCUCCACGGGCUCAGAGAGAAGAGUGGUAAUGGUUACAGUGAAAGAACAAGAGACCAUUCCCAGGAUAAAUGUUGCCUCCCAGAGAUGGACUGAAGUGAACGUAGGGGACAAAUUACUAUUGAAUUGCUCAGCUACAGGGGAGCCCAAACCCAAAAUAAUCUGGAGGUUACCGUCCAAGGCUGUUGUUGACCAGUGGCACCGAAUGGGCAGCCAAAUCCAUGUCUACCCAAAUGGAUCCCUGUUUAUUGGCUCCGUAACAGAAAAAGAUGGUGGUGACUACUUGUGUAUGGCAAGAAACAAAAUGGGAGAUGAUCUACUCCCGAUGCACGUGAGCCUGAGGCUAACCCCGGCCAGAAUUGUCCACAAGCAGCAUUUCAAAACACAGGCGCUCCACGGGAAAGACUUCCAAGUUGACUGCAAAGCUUCUGGCUCCCCAGUGCCCGAGAUAUCCUGGAGUUUGCCUGAUGGGACAAUAAUCAACAAAGCAAUGCAAGCUGAUGACAGCGGCCAUAAGACCAAAAGGUACACCCUUUUCAACAAUGGAACCCUUUAUUUCAACAGAGUUGGGAUUGCAGAAGAAGGAGAUUAUACUUGCUAUGCCCAGAACACCCUAGGGAAGGAUGAAAUGAAGGUUCACCUAACAGUUAUAACGGCUGCCCCGCAAAUAAGGCUGGGUUACAGGACAAACAUGAGAAUCAAAGCUGGAGCCACGGCCACUCUUGACUGUGAGGUCACUGGGGAACCCAAACCAAAAAUAUUUUGGUUGCUGCCUUCUAAUGACAUCAUUUCAUUCUCCAGUGACAGGUACGUAUUUCAUGCCAACGGGUCUUUGUCCAUCAACAAAGUGAAACUGCUUGAUUCUGGAGAGUACGUAUGCGUGGCCCAAAACCCCGGUGGGGACGACACCAAAACGUACAAACUGGAUGUUGUCUCACAACCCCCGCUAAUCAAUGGUUUGUACAGAAACAAAACUGUCAUUACAGCCACAGCUGUGAGGCACUCUAAAAAACACUUCGACUGCAGAGCUGAAGGGACUCCAUCGCCACAAAUCAUGUGGAUCAUACCAGACAAUGUUUUCCUCACAGCUCCAUACUACGGAAGCAGAAUCAAAGUCUAUAAAAAUGGAACCUUGGAAAUUAGGAACCUGAGGCUUUCGGAUUCAGCUGAUUUUGUCUGUGUAGCUCGGAGUGAAGGAGGAGAGAGUGUGCUGGUGGUACAGUUAGAAGUACUAGAAAUGCUGAGAAGACCAACAUUCAGAGAUCCACUCAAUGAAAAGGUAUUUGUUCAGCUUGGAAAGUCCACAACGUUGAAUUGCUCUGCUGAUGGUAACCCACCACCUGAAAUAAGCUGGAUUCUACCAAAUGGUGCACAAUUUUCCAACAAACCAAAAACUUCUCAGUAUCUCGUAGCAAGCAAUGGUUCUCUCAUCAUCCAUAAAACAAUUCGAAAUAGUGCAGGAAAAUACCGGUGUGCAGCCAAAAAUAAAGUUGGAUAUAUUGAGAAAUUAAUUGUACUGGAAAUUGGGCAGAAGCCAGUUAUUCUUACAUAUGCAUUAGGGACAGUAAAAAGUAUCAGUGGGGAGUCCCUGUCAUUGCAUUGCGUAGCUGAUGGAAUACCUAAGCCACACGUUAAAUGGACUGUGCCAAGUGGCUAUGUAAUAGACAGGCCUCAAAUCAAUGGGAAAUAUAUACUGCAUGAAAAUGGUACCCUAGUCAUCAAAGAAGCAACAACUUAUGACAGAGGAAAUUAUAUUUGUAAGGCUCAAAAUAGUGUUGGCCAUGCACUUAUUACUAUGCCAGUAAUGAUUGUGGCCUUUCCACCCCGAAUCACAAAUUCCCCACCCCGGAGCAUCCUCACGAGGGCAGGAGUGGCCUUUCAGCUCCAGUGUGUGGCCCUGGGAAUACCCAAGCCAGAAAUCACCUGGGAGAUGCCUGGCCACUCCCUGCUCUCAAGAGCAAGUAAAAGAACUCCUGAAAGUGAGCUGCCUCACCCACAAGGUACCCUGGUCGUUCCGAAUCCCCAGACCUCAGAUUCUGGGAUAUACAAAUGCACAGCAAACAAUCCACUUGGCAGUGAUUAUGCAACAACUUAUGUUCAAGUUAUAUGAAAUGAAAUGAAAUACAAAAGUCGACAUCUGGACAGUAUAUUUUUUGGAAGAAGUUUAAUCAAAGGCAGCCAUAGGCAUGUAAAUGAAUUUGAAUACAUUUACAAUAUUAAUUUACAAUGGACAUGCAAAAUAGACACGUAAAUAAAUGCAUUAUGAACCGAUACUGAUUUCUUUAAUAAAUCCCAACUUAAACUUUUAACUUAAGGCACUUUUAUUUUGCCAACAAAUAACAUUAAGAGAAAAUGGUCCGCAAUAAAAUAACAAAUGUCUAGUGCACCUGAAUUUUCCAGUGACAAAUGGACAUUUUUUUUUUCCUUUUACUACCAGUUGCCUAGUAUCCAUCCUCUAUCCACAUUACAAGCACGGCACUCAGAACCGCAACAGUGGGAAAGAUUUACAUUUGCGGUCUGUAUGUAAAUUUAUCAUCUCGAUCUAUAAUAGUUUGUCAUUGCUUUAUAAAUAUUUUGCUAAAA